AUGGCGGACGGUGGUCAGUCAACACCACAGCAGGUUCCGCAACAAGCUGCCCAGCAGACACAGAAGGUGUCGGAUGUUAUCCGUAGUUAUCGGUCCACAAAGGUGUUCAAAUCGACCAAGCAAGACAGCUUUGUAACGUCUCUUGAUUUCGACGACCAAGGAGAGUUCGUCGUCUCUUGCGGCGACGAUGAGAUUAUCCAAAUAUUCGACGUCAAGGCCGGUAAAAUGACGAAGUCUAUCCCUAGCAAGAAGUAUGGCGCACAUCUGGCUAGGUUCACCCAUCAUUCUCGCCAGGUCCUCCACGCAAGUACCAAAGUCGAUGAUUCUCUACGUUUGCUUGAUUUACACAGCGAAUCAUAUAUACGCUACUUCUCGGGUCAUACCGAUAAAGUGACGUGUUUGGCUCUAUCGCCCGGAAGCGACUCGGUGAUCUCAUGCUCCAAGGAUGAUACGGUUUCCAUCUGGGAUUUGGGCUCUAGAUACGCGCAAGGGAAACUAAAGCUCUCAACUCCAUACCUCGUGGCUUUUGAUCCGAGCGCAUCGGUCAUUGCAAUUGCCUCCCAAUCGACAUCAUCUAUCCUCCUCUAUGACUUCCGCAAUUACGACAAAUCUCCCUUUUCGACCUUUGAUCUUGCUAAGUACGAGGAGAGAUAUACGCCUUCGACGCGCGGCAGAGCAUGGACUCGCCUUGAGUUCUCAAACGACGGAAAAUACCUACUUGUCGGGACCGAUUACCAUGGUCAUUUCGUCCUCGACGCCUUCGAGGGCGAGCUCAAGGCUUUUCUGGUUGGAAAGAAUGGUUCACCGGGCAGAGCUGCACCGGUUUCAACUACCGGAAAGCCUCUCGGUCAAGGAGAUGCUUGCUUCACACCAGAUGGCAGAUACGUUAUUGGAGGGUCAGGUGACCAUCAUGACUUACUCGUAUGGGAUCUGCAGCAGACCCCAGAUACAAAUCUCUGCUUGCAGGCAAUGGCUAAGUUACCACAUCGAGGUAAAACCGCCAUAGUCGAGUACAAUCCAAGGUUUAAUAUGAUCGCUUCGGCGGACAAGGAAGUCUACUUCUGGCUACCGGAAGACACUUCAAAGGCCGUCUAA